AUGGCCAGCACCUCCAACCCCAGUCCGGCAACCUGCCAAGCGACCUUCGAGCAAGGCGUCGCCAUAUCCCUGCAUCUGUGGGAGGCCCUCGCGCUCGCGGUGCAGAACAACUGGGGCGGUCCCGACUCGGCCGACAAGCGGGACUGGUUCGCGGGGGCCGUCGUGGAGCUCUUCCCCGACGUGUCCAAGCUCACGCCCGCGCAACUGCAGCAAAAGACAACAACAGCAAAACAAAACCAGGCUGCCCCCUCGCAACAGCAAUCACAGAGCGCGCAGAAUGGGAGCGUCGAGGAGGCGGACCAGGCCGACGUCGAGUCGGUGCUGCUGCAGGUGAUGGUGGACGAGUUCGAGGUCAACGUGGACGACGACUCGGCGUUCGAGCUGGCGGAGCAGGUGGUGCGGCUGCGCGGGGACUGUCUCAAGGGCAAGUUCGACGAGGUGGAGGCGCUGCGGCGGCGGUGGGAGGGCAAGAAGGGGAACAAGGUCGUCUUUAAGAAGGCGGAGGACCAGGACAACGAGACGGAUUGGGAUACGGAUUCCGGGGACGACGAUGAGGAGGAGGAGGAGGGUGGGGAUGUUGAAAUGAGUGAUGCGCCCGCGCCGCCGCCGAGGAGGGAACGGCAGGAGCCGGAGGUGGACGAGGAUGGGUUUACCAAGGUUACGAAGAAGAAGAGGUAG